AUACAUUGUUUUUAGCCAUAAACUCAUCCACAUCUCAUCAAGAGAAAGCAAGAAAGAAUGGCAAGGUUGAUGAUGGAGAUGAUUAGAAAGGGAAGUAGGAAGCUAUGUCUCUUGGAGAGAAGAACAAACUCAUCAAUCUUCUCCUUCUCCACUGAGACAGCAUCAACCACUUAUCAUCAUCCUCAAAGUAUCAUCAAGGAUCUCUCUAGAAGUAACAUCAAGAGUGAUGCCACAAAGAUGAUUGGGAAGACACCAAUGGUGUUCUUGAACAGAGUUAGUGAAGGAUGUGAAGCAAGAGUAGCUGUCAAGUUGGAAAUGAUGCAACCCACAUGCAGUGUUAAGGACAGGCCUUCAGUUGCCAUGAUUGAGGAUGCAGAGAAGAAAGGCUUAAUAACACCCGACAAGACGACGUUGAUUGAACCAACAUCGGGGAACAUGGGGAUCGGUUUGGCGUUCAUGGCGGCGCUAAAAGGAUACAAGCUUGUGUUGACAAUGCCGUCGUAUACGAGCAUUGAGAGGAGGGUGACUAUGCGAGCUUUUGGCGCGAAUCUAGUGCUUACCGACCCGACUAAAGGUAUGGGAGGGACAGUGAAGAAGGCUUAUGAACUCAUGGACUCUUAUCCUGAUGCUUUCAUGCUUCAACAGUUUGAAAAUCCUGCCAAUGUCAAGGUUCACUUUGAGACAACAGGGCCAGAGAUAUGGAAUGAUACUUGCGGUGAAGUCGAUAUUUUUGUGAUGGGAAUAGGGAGCGGAGGAACGGUAAGCGGAGUUGGUCAAUAUCUUAAAUCCAAGAACCCGAAUGUUAAGAUUUACGGAGUCGAGCCAGCAGAAAGUAAUAUAUUGAAUGGAGGAAAACCGGGUCCUCAUCAUAUUACCGGAAAUGGUGUCGGAUUCAAGCCGAAGAUUUUGGAUAUGGAUGUAAUGGAGAAAGUUCUUGAGGUAUCUAGUGAAGAUGCAGUUAAAAUGGCCAGAGAAUUGGCACUCAAAGAGGGUCUCAUGGCCGGGAUAUCGUCGGGAGCAAACACAGUUGCAGCAUUAAGGCUCGCAAAAAUGCCGGAAAACAAAGGAAAACUUAUUGUGACUGUGCUUCCAAGUUUUGGAGAGAGGUACUUGUCAUCAGUGUUGUUCCAACAACUGAGAGAAGAGGCUGAGAAGAUGGAACCAGUUGAAGUUAAUUAGCCUCGAAACCGAUUAAUUAUGAUUGAGAUUAAGAUAAAAUUAUCGAGAUUAAUUUCAUUGAUCUCUAAAAGUUUUCAUGGUUUUAGUGUUCCUUAUUGUUUUGGUGAUGCAUUUUCUCUGUUCUUCAACUAGUUUAAAUUUAAGUGUGCUUUGUAUUGUGAUGUAAUUUAAAUUUCAAAUUAGUUUUUUU